AAAUAUGCUUUUGCUUUAUACCUAGGUGACAAGACACGCCCACCUUCCUCAAGUCCCUCCAGCAUUAUCAGGCGCACUUCCUCCCUGGAUACGCUUGCAGCUCCAUACCUUGCUGGGCACUGGCCCCGAGAGAGUCGAGGGCAAGCCACGCCCUGCAUGAGGGACAAAGCCACACAGACUGAGAGUGCGUGGGCUGAAGAAUAUGCUGAAAAGAAGAAAGGAUCUCAUAAGCGCUCAUCAUCCUGGGGAAGCACAGAACAGCUUAAAGAGAUUGCAAAAUUACGACAGCAAUUGCAGAGAAGCAAACAUAGCAGUCGUCAUCAUCGAGAUAAAGAAAGACAGUCUCCAUUCCAUGGCAACCAUGCAGCUAUUAACCAGAGCCAGGCCCCUGCUCCAAAGAGCACACUUGUUCCCGUCGUCCCCAUCACCAAGUCGACAGGCUCUCGGUUCCGGAACAGUGUGGAAGGACUGAACCAGGAGAUUGAGAUCAUAAUUAAGGAAACUGGAGAGAAGGAAGAGCAGCUUGUUCCACAAGAUAUUCCCGAUGGUCAUCGUGCACCUCCACCCCUGGCUCAGAGAAGCAGCAGCACUCGCAGCAUCGACACACAGACCCCUGGGGGGGCAGACAAGAGCAGCAACAACAGCAGCCGCUCUCAAUCUGUGUCCCCAACGUCCUUCCUUACCAUCUCCAAUGAGGGCAGUGAGGAGAGUCCCUGUUCAGCUGAUGACCUGCUUGCUGAUCCCAGGGAUAAAGAGAAUGGAAACAACUCUCCGUUGCCAAAAUAUGCAACCUCACCAAAACCUAACAACAGUUACAUGUUCAAAAGGGAACCUCCAGAGGGCUGUGAACGGGUCAAAGUUUUUGAGGAGUGCUCGCCAAAACAACUUCAUGAAAUUCCAGCCUUUUACUGUCCAGACAAAAACAAGGUGAAUUUCAUUCCUAAAAGUGGCUCUGCUUUCUGCCUCGUGAGUAUCCUCAAGCCGCUUCUUCCCACACCAGAUCUUACCCUCAAGGGCUCUGGUCACAGCCUGACAGUCACCACUGGCAUGACAACCACUUUGCUUCAGCCCAUCUCCAUGGCCUCCCUGUCUGCAAACACAGAGCAAGACAGGGUGUCCCGAGGAACCAGUACAGUCCUUCCAUCCGCCUCCCUCCAUGCACCGCCAGAACCAAUUGAGGAAGCUGAAGGAUAGGUCCCAGCUCAUGUCUGGUUCCUGGGAACUGAGAACCCCUGCAGAUCACGUGACUGUGAUGGUUUCGUGUCCUCCCGGUUGGCUGUGAAGUGCUUUGGCUUUCCAGUGAUGUGUGACAACGAGGCUACUGGAAGAACGCAUCCCUGUGAGUGCUCUGCCCCGCGCAUGAAUGCCGCCGACAGAAACAUGGGAGGUCUCUUUACUUUUGGAGGAACAAAAUCACAUUUUCAUUUGUUUUCAAAUUAGACUUGUUUAAAACAAAACAAACAUGAAACCUAAUCCCUGCAAACAUGAUUUCUGAAGGGGGAUGUGAUUGAUGCUGCAAGAGAACCAUCUUUUAUAUGAAAAUGACUCUUUUAUAAUACCAAUGUUACAUUUUCUGAAGUAGCAAACAGGAUGUUCAAAAGAGUCUUUGGUGGCCUCUGUUUCUUCUUUCCCUUUUCUAGGUGUUGCUUUUCUCAGCUGUUUUCAGCUUUGGGACCAAAGGGAUUAUUGACAUUUCCCCAGCAAUGUCAAUCUCAUGACUAUGUUCUUCUCCCAAAUAAGAAUUGAUAGGUAAAUGCAUUGAACCAAGUAUAUAUAAAAAGAUAAAAAGCAAUAUUCGUACAUUAUGUGAUUUAUGUUUUUUGAUGUCAAAAUUUGUGCUUUGGGUGAAGUAUUUGUAAAACUGCUGUUUCCUGCACUAUCCUGCUCACAUCUCAGUGUGUGGUCAGAACAGUGACAGUCUGAAGAAAGACAGGUGCUUUAACAGUCAGUGAGCCAAAAGAAAGUGAAGUGUGGAUCGUUAGCUAGGAGUGCAGCACUCUCUGGUUUUCUGUGAACUGUGUCACGUGGUUGCCCUCCUUCGCCGGGUGUCAUUUUCCCUUUAAUCAUCACUGUAUCAUAGCCCCAAGAGACCCUGAAAUGGCUGUGCAUGGAUUUCCUCCUCUGCUUUCGUGGUGGUGUUGUCUUGUGGACUUGGUCAGGGUUAGUAGUUUGCCAGGAGUGUAAUCCACUGAGUAGCAAUCCGUAGCCCAAGAACCCUGAGGACUGACUUUUUCUUGAUGACGGUUGGCACUGAGAUUUGUUGCCUACAGAUUUUUCCAGUUUCUUCUCCAACAUUCUACACACUGGGGGAAAUAAACAAGAGGUUUGAGCUUAAACAACAGGUACCUUUGGAAAAUCUAUACAGUUUUGGAUUUGGGUUCAUCUGAUAACCAUUGCCAGUGUCCUAUAACAGUAUUUAAAUUUCUAGGUGUGUGGUAAUAAAAUUAAGGAGCAGCUCUUUGAAAGUGAAUUUCAUCAGUGUUGGUGAAGGAUUGUUUUAAUACUGUCACACACUAACCUAUGCUGCUGCAUACAACAGACAAGUUUUAAAGCCUUCAAGAGUGGCUAACUCCACCCACUGGUCCAGUUGAUCCAUCAAAACCUCGAGGUACUAGCAGUUUGUUUCCUGCUAGGUGUUAGUUACCUCAAAUGUCUGGGCAUUUUAUCGUAGGCUAGUCAUGUAAAUUUGAACAUCUAUGUGAAUCAAUCAGUUUUUGGUUGGGAAGACUGAUAAAUUUUGGUACUUUAGCCAUCCAAAGAUUAACUUUCUGGGCACUAGUAAAUUGUAGCUUCUAAGUCAGUAAAACCCUCAGUUGUUUGAGGUGUAGACUUGUUGGUUGUUUUUCAGUUUUUUUUUUUCUUUUUGUACCUAUAUUUUUUCUGCCUCGUCAUGCCUGUUGACGUUACUAUUUUACCAGUCUCAUAAGUACAGAAGAAAGGCACAUGGCAGUCAGUUGAGUUGAUCUGAAAGGAGAAGGCAGCAUUUAAAAGCAAGGGGUUUUGUUUUACUUUGUUGCUUAUGAGAUGGGCUCUUAUUAUGUAGCCCUAGCUUGCCUGGAACUCAGAUCUACCAACCUCUGCCUCCCAAGUACUGAGAUUAAGGCAUGCGCUACCAAUUUCCUACUUGUCAUCUUUUUAAUCCUGUGGGGUCCCCCACACACACACUUGAAUUCUAUUAAAUUUAUGUUUUGUUAUGUUUUUCCUUUUGUCGUGCACCACCUUCUCUCUUGCUUUACAAAUAGUGUUACUCUGUAAUAGAUGUCUCCCUACUGUAUUGUACUUGUUGGGCAGAUCAAGUUCUCUGCAGUUGCACGAAUCUUUGAAGUAACACGGAGGGCGACAGGUCUCAGGUCAAUCUGCUCUUAGAACUUUAGUCUGAGGUUUGGGUUGGGAGAAGAUUGUGAAUUUCCUAGUAAAUGAAUUGUACGGUGACCAAACACUUUUGAGUUUUGGAGAAAUAGAACCUGAGAUCUGAAGAAAAACAAAAAAGGUCUAGGUCCAAAACCAACUCUGAACUGCCAGGGCCAAAGGGCUAAUUUUUAAGCAUAUGAGCUUUAUUGAAGUCUUAAAACAUAUUAACCAUAGAUCCACCUAGCUGUUUUAUUUAUCUCUUAAUUCCCAGGUGGUUGGUUUUAAAAAUGGGUCUACUCUCAGUAGAGUGAGUAUGAUUAUAUUCACAAACCAUACUCCAUAAUUAUGGUUAUUCUGUAGAAACUGUACAGCAGUAGAGUAGCUUUAAUGGAAAUACAGUUUUUUCCAGUGCUGGGGAUUAAACCCAGGGCCUCGUGCAUGCUAAGCAAGUGCUGUCACUGGCUUAUUUCCCCAGUCCCUAAUUUAAAUUUUUAACUAAAAAAAUUUACUUCAAUUGCAGUAAAAGUGGGUGGCAUGUUUUUUGUUGUUUUAUUUUGGCCAAAGGAGCUGUUCCCUAGUUAUUUGUCUAUCUUUACCCUCAAGCAGUUUCUGCCCUGCCAUGAUAAAUGUACAGGUUUACUGUCUCUGAGAUGGUAAGUCUGUUACUUACCAUUGCUUUAUGGGCAAUUGUGUUUUUAAAAAUAGUAGUUUUGCUUUUUUUGGUUAAAUAUGGUGUGAAUGUCAAAAUUAUUUCUAUACUAGAUUCUUGAUUUUGUUUAAAGUGUUUCUUAGACCCUAGGACCAUAACCAGAUCUGCCUCUGAGAAGACACUGUUGCUAACUGGGGUGUAUCUGGCAACAGGAAAAGACUGCCUAUCUUUGUUUUUACUUUUUAUGUUUUGAUUAAAGAAACAGUUGGCUUUUCCUAGAAGAAGGUCUAAAAAAAAGGCAGAAUGUUUAGCUUUCUCUAUGCCUGGGAUUAGAACUGAGAUGUUAUGGUUUUCAAGGAAAACUAAAUUCAAAUUGUUACUACUACUAAAUUUGUAAAAGUUGAAAUUCAUUCCUUAAUGUUGGGUUUGGGGUGUGUCAAAACUAGACCAAUGGAAGUGCUGAAUUUGCAAAAGAAAGCCAAGAUACUUAACUGCACUUUAAGGUUUCUGGGUACUCUGCCUUCAUUAGUGACCUGCAGAGUGGCUCUGAACAGUAUUUUGUUUAUACAGUCCUGUUGGAGAUAUAUAAUUUAUGUUUUUUAAACUCUGCAUCUUUGUCUCUGUUGAUGUAAAUCUUUUUUAAUGCAAUUUUUUAAAGUUAUAACAAAAUUCUCCCCCUAAAAGAAGCAUUUCCAACCAUAAGUAUUGUUGUUGUGGACUGUGUCCCUGCAGCCGAGUGCUUCCUGCUGCCUCACAGGGAAUAGAACUCCUAUGUUCAAAUAAAGUCUGUUGUUCUUGA